ACACAUGAACAGCAGAGAGCUGUCAGGCUGUGAGGAGGCAGCGGAGAGACGCCUCAGUCUUUUCUUGGAAUACAUUCUCCUCUUCAUCUCUGAAGCCCACACACGCAUGUAAACACAAAUACACAGACGGGUGUGGGUGCCGUUCGUAGAAGAAGCAGGGGAUUAUUUUAUGGAUCUGGAUGCAGGAGAGACAGACAUACUUGGACUGUUAAAGUGUUUGGAUUCAGUAUCUUAGAGACUUAAACUCUUCAAGGAUUCAAACUUUGGUUUUUUUAAGCAUCUUAGCAGUUAAGACUUUAGGACUUGGUUGAGGAAGGAGAGUCUCUGGAGCAGAGUGAGUUUUCUGAAUCUGUCAGGUUGUCCGUGAUGAGGAGGAAGAUGUGUUGGCUGCUGACAGCAGUCCUGGUUGCCCACCUUGGAAGCACUCUGACAGGAGCGUGGAGAGCAGCGCAGCCAAGGCUACAGUUUACAUACUCUGAGCUCAUUCAGAACGGCCGGCUGCUAACACUGCCACUGGAUGCAGGAGACCUCCAGUCCCUGCUGCCGGAUGAAGACAGGAGGCGUCUUUAUGUGGCCAUGAAAGAUAAUCUUCUCUCCACAAGUCUGGAUGACAUAACACAGAACCCACGGAAGCUUUACUGGCCAGCCAGUCCGGACCGUGUCCAAGAAUGCCUCAUGGCUGGAAAAGAUUCAGAGCUGGAGUGUGCAAACUUCCUGCGAGUUCUGCAGCCUUUUAAUCAGACUCACCUGUAUGUUUGUGGAACCGGGGCCUUUAAUCCCCGCUGUGCUUUCAUUGCCACCAGCAUCUUCCACCAGGCAGAGUACCAAACGCUCUCCUAUGGUCGGACAGAGUGUGGGAAGGGAAAAUGCCCCUACGACCCCUUCCAGAAAACAGCUUCUGCUGUUGUUGAUGGAGAGUUGUACGCUGGGAUUACCUCAGAUUUCAUGAGCAGAGACUCUGCUUUCUUCCGGAGCCUCGGGAGUCGACAUGUCAUCCGCACAGAGCAGUACGAUUCCACCUGGCUGCAGGAUGCCCAGUUUGUGCGGGUAGCGCCACUGUCUGAAACUGAUAACCCAGAGGAUGAUAAAGUUUACGUGUUCUUCACUGAGCGUGCCCAGGAGGCCGAGGGGGCGGCUGGGAAGGUUCUCUACUCCAGAGUGGCACGCGUUUGCAAGAAUGACAUUGGUGGUCAGAGGAGUUUGGUGAAUAAGUGGAGCACCUUCCAGAAGGCCCGUAUGGUGUGCUCAGUUCCAGGACCGGACGGCCUGCAGACACAUUUCGACCAGCUGCAGGACAUCUUUAUUCUACAUGGGAAAGACAAGAAGAAUCCUCUCAUCUAUGGCCUGUUCACAACAUCAAGUGAUAUCCUGAAUGGUUCUGCAGUCUGUGUUUAUCGGAUGGAGGAUGUGGUUCGAGCUUUUAAGGGCAACUUUCUGCAUAAAGAGGGGCCUCAGUACAAAUGGGCUGAGUUUACAGGAAAGGUGCCUUAUCCACGGCCAGGAACUUGUCCCAGCAGCACCUAUGGAAGCUACAGCUCGACCAGAGAGUAUCCUGACGACGUGAUUUUCUUCAGCAGGACUCAUCCUCUGUUGCAGGAACACGUGCUGCCUCUGGGUGAGCGGCCACUUUUAGUGAGAGUGGGUGUUCACUACAAGUUCAGCAAACUUUUGGUGGACCGGGUGGAAGCUGUGGACGGCACGUAUGAUGUCCUGUUCAUCGGCACAGAUUCUGGACUCGUACUAAAAGCCAUCCAUCUGCCCAGAGAGCACGGUCACAGUCAGGAGGUCACUCUGGAGCAGUUACAGGUUUUUCAGCAUAAAUCAUCCGUGACGGCGAUGGCAUUGUCAAAGAAAAAGUGGUUGUUUGUGGGCUCAAGGGAGGGUGUGUCCCAGCUGGCCCUGUACCAGUGUGAGCUGUAUGGUCAGGCUUGUGCUGAAUGCUGCCUGGCAAGGGAUCCUUACUGCACCUGGGAUGGACAUGCCUGCAGCCCAUAUAUGCCCACCGUGCGCCGGAGAAAUGCUCGUCAUUUAGGGGAAGAGGAGGACCCUCUGACUCAGUGUGUCCGACAGGGGGCUGUGCUGCAGGUGGAGGCAGAGCAGAGGGUCAUGAUGGUGGCAGAGGGAAACAGCACCUACCUGGAGUGUCUGCCUCGAUCCAGACACGCUGCCGUUACCUGGUAUAAACAAGCAGGAGAGAAUAGUGCCGAAUUAAACCAGGUUUUGACAGGUGACCAGCUGGUGGUGAUAGAGCGGGGGGUCCUGAUCCGGCGAGCUGAGCUCUCCCACGGUGGCGUCUACCACUGUCAGGUGGAGGAGCACGGUUAUCACUGGACCGCAGUCACCGUCCGUCUUGCUGUCUGGAGCCCCUCUGCCAAUCGCGUCCUCGCCUCGUUGUCUGGUUCGUCCUAUCAGGGCGCAGGAACCCAGCCUUGGUACGAGGAUGUGAUGGCCCUGAUUCACCCUGGAAACCUGGGCGAGCACUGCAAGGCCCUGGGAUACCGUCCACCACGCAGCCAGCGUCAUCGUGGGGGCUUUAUGAUUGCCGCCCACAAGGAGAAGGAAAGGGCUGAAAAGCACAAGCAUGGGGGAGGAAGAGGAGGAGGGGGAGGUCGCGCUGUAGGGAGGAAGAGCAGGAGCAAGCCUCAACAGAGGGCUCCAAGGAGCGCUUGAACGCAGAUCUUCAUUGACUGAAACACACACACUUUGUGUAACCUACACAUGCACACACUUAACUUAUGCUUUAGGACCCACACAUACUGUACAUACAGAGACUACGUCAUGCGCAUGCACUUAUCGAAAAUAAAAAAGCAUCCUCUCAUUAUAUCAGUCAAGUCCAAUGCCACAUAAUCACCCGAACUUUGUACAGGAUGGCUUGGACAGCAGAGGACGGUUUCGCUUGGAUAAAUGACUUUGUGAAUAAAAAUACAAAAGUAGAGUAGCAUAGGCUGCAUAGCAUGUUGAAUGAAGGACGAGCAGCACAGCCUGAUCAAUCUGUGUUGUGACAAGAACACUAAGGAGGAUGAUAUGUAUGUGGAGGGAAAAUUUGUCCACAAUCAGAAAUUCAACAUUUUAAAACAUAACCCCGCUUAAAUGAUCUUGAACUUGAGGGGAAACCUUUUAGCUUUGCAUUUCCCCUUUGAUUCCCAACUCCACAUGCACUAAUUUCAAGGUAAAAUGGGUUUCAAAUUGUCUCAGUCAGCUUUUAUAAGAGCAACGAGCACCGGAGCGUGUGAAGAGGUUUGGUUUAAUGGAGGUUUUUCCUAAUCAUAGAAAGGUCUUUGCUCAAAUUUAAGGAUCUAUCCUUCUGAUGAAUCUGAUGUUGGAGAAUCAGUGAUAAUUCUAAAGUCAAAGCAAGACAAACAUGCAGACUGUGCAUAAUGAACAUAGAUCUUGUUCAUUAGUUACCAAUAUGUAAAACAGUAACAAGUGCUACAAAGAUUAAUCAGUAGAGGGGCAAUUAAAAGCACAGCAGUUUCACUGAAUAUUUAUCAGUAGUUACAUUAUCAAACUACAACAGCAAAGACAAGUAUUCUAACAGCUGCUUAGAAAGAAUUAAUACUAUGGUUAUAAUAAUUUAAUCUAUCAGUGGUUACAUUGAUUUCAAUGCACAGACCCAAGGAUGAACAUAUAGAAAAUAUGCUAAAUUCAUCAGUAGGAUUCAAGAGUCAAUUGUUCUCCUUAACUGCAACUACAGGAGUUUAAAAAAUGUUUUACCUAAAUAAUCAUGUUCUAAAGCAAUUGUUUAGGUAAAAAGAUUAAAAAUGUGACAGACCUAUAGAGUAUUAGAGCUAGUUUACAUCAAAGAAUGAAUUACAGUUUAACCUAACAUGGCCCCGUAUUUUUCUUUGACCUACAGUACAAUUGCCAAUUAUGGAUACAGAAGCAAGCAUUGUGUUCUAAACCUAUCAGUGAUUGAUUGCUAAGGUAUACAAAACUUAGUUACCAAUCAAUAAAAAAAGUUAAUAUCAUAACCUACUAAAAAAAAAAAAAUAAAUAAAAGAUGCUUUCCUAGAUUGGGAAUAGCAAGACAAAAAUACAACAAAUAAUUUAGAGAAAAAACAGAUUUAUACUACCGUGUACCACAGUAGAUUCACAAACCCUUCACCAUAAGAGAAACCUUUGUUAGUUCAGCUUUAGAAAGUGUGGUUCCACCAUAACAUGUUGACUGUUACCACACAGAUGCAAGGCAGAGGAAAAAGUGCAAAAAUCUCCUUUGAUGAUUAACUUUCCCAGAAUAUCGGUGCUGUGUGCUGCAGCUGCACCAACCACUACAAAAAGAGGUUCCUAUUGUGUUUACCUCAGUGUUUGGCGCUGUAACAUUUCAGGCUGCUGCUAAUUUCGUGCCAUGUGAGGACAAAGUGAGGAAAGCAAAAACGUGUUCAAUUCUAUUUCCAGGGUCUGGUUUAGUUUGUUCAGACUCACAUUUUGCAUAAAUCUGGAGAAUAUGAUAAGAUGUGUGAAAAAACGUCAAGACAUGAGACAACAAGAAUCAAAACAGAAAUGAAACCUUUCUGUUAAAUGAACCAUGGAAAAUGUCAGUGUGUUGGACUUUGUAGAAUACUUCAAAAGAUUUUCCAUUUGGGUUUGAUUAAGAAAUUACCAAGAAAAAACGAGCUGAUGAGGCCUUCACAGGCAGAUUUUGUACAUAGCAUGCAUGUUUCUGAGAGCCUGUUCUGCAGCUCCAUUGUGUAAUUUCUUGUAUCUGCCAGUGAUAAAAAGCCCAGAGUGUGCUAAAGAAGCUUUUGCAGGGCCACCAAGAAGCUGAGAAAAGGGGCUCAACAGGAACGCUGCCUGCUGGACGUUGGCUUGACAGAUUGGAGCGCCUUUUGUGACUUUUCUGAACCUUAAAAUGUAAUGUUUAAAUGUGCUUGUGUUAAACACAGCUUCUUCCAUCAUCUGAUUUUUCUUUUCUUUUUAGUAUUUAUGAGUCUAAGUUGGACUAAAGCUUCUUGGUUUGUAAUAACUCAUAACCAGGUCAUAAAGACCCCUCUUGUUUUACAUGUAAGCAUCAUUUUCUGCCUGUCUUUGUAUGUAUAUCUGAUGUCCAUUUGUUACCAUUUCCUUCUGUUAAUACACCUUCCCACUCCCA